AUGCCUGGUACUGAUUCUGAAUCCGGCUGUUGGCCGCGCUCGAGGUCUUCGAAGAAGCGCGACAACCACAAAGCCAAACACGCGGGAAAGGAGAUAGGGUAUGAAGCCUGAAACAGAUAAAAACCCAAACAAGUACUGAAGUAGUGCCAAAUAUGAUUUUUAUAUUUAUAUGGACAGGAAUAACAGUAGUAGUCAUCUGAAAAUGGCUGCCCCUAUUGGGGGGAUGGUAUUGUAGUGUAACUGUGAUGACUACAUUAGUAUCUUUCUCCAGCUCUGCCCUCUCUGACCCCUAAGCCUGCCUGUUACCCCUUCUAGCGCUAAAGAUGCCCAGACCAAAGCUGAGCUAGACCCGGUGAGCCACUCCCUGGCUUUCCACCUGUGCUGCCCAGCCUGUGACACCCUCCUCCUCCAGCCCGUGUCUCUGCCCUGUGGCCACUGCCUCUGCCAGCCCUGCCUGGAAGGCAUCCGCAAGAAGCCCUCCAGCACCAAGGCCUCUGAUGCCGAGCAGCCCCAGCCCUGCUCCCAGUGCCCCCGCUGCCUGGUCCACUACUCCCUCCAGCCCGGCGGGGCCUGGCCCUUCCCAGAGAACCUUCUCUUGGCUAACGUGGCUGAGCAGCUCCUGGAGAGGCUGGAGGGCCUGAGGCGGGUUAAGCAACCCAAAAACACCCGGGCCAAGGAGACAGCCCUGAGGGUGACCACCUGCGAGAUCUGCUCUAAGCAGCGCGAGGCCCAGCGCUACUGCCGCACCUGCGGCCUCAACUACUGUGCCAAGUGCCUGAGAAAACUCCAUGGCAACCGGGCUUUCCAGGCCCAUGUGCUGACAGAGCCCGUGGAGGGCGGGUGCCGCGAUCCGUGCCCCACCCACCAUGACCGCUCUCUGUCCCACUGUUGCCUUGACGACGGAGCUCUGGGGUGCCAGGAGUGCAUGGAACAGGGGCACCAGGGGCACGACGUAUCACCAGUCCACGAGGCCCGCGCCCGCAGGGAGGUGGGCAUCCGCAAUUCCCUAGAGCAGGCUGCGAAGGGUAAGGUCACGUCUACUACUCAAAUGUUAUGUAUUUAUGUUGUUAAUUUGAAGUCUUAAUGUUGCUGCACAAAGAGCUUUUGUUCAGUUAAUUAGCUUUCAUAAGUGCAGCCAAAAUCUACCAGAGUUAAACUUUCACAUCUUAAUUACUGCAAGUAAAAAACACAUUCUCAAAAUCACAUCUGUGAACCAAUGCCAGUGUUCCCUAAAAAAAAUUCCGGCACUGAGCAAAUUUCAGGUCUGCUGAGCACAAACUUGAACAUUCUGAAAAUUCUGUGCAACUUCCGGCGCGAGUUUACUGUGAACACUCAGGCUGUACCUGCUUUAAGUUACAGUUUUAACAGUGGCCAAGUAGGCUACUGUGGCUAUUUCAUCAUAAUGUAGGCCUACCAGAGUGGCCUAACAUCAAAAACAAUGGAGAAAGAUGCAUCCCAUAACAUUUUAACAUGGAAAUAGAUGUUCUAUCAUUCAGCCUACAGUAGCAGAAAAUGUGUGGUGUUCAGUGUAGGCCUACAUUCCAUGAGACUUUAGAAAAAACAUGCAGGGCUUGACAUUACCCUGUUUAUCUACUUGUCCUUCAGACAAGAAGGUGACUGAAAAUGUUUUGUUGUUUGAUGCAAGAAACCACUUUACAAAAUAAAAUUAUAUUUUUUAUUAUUACAGAGAAUCAAACAAUUUAUGCUACCCUCUGCCUAUUGGCUACUUAGCUCAUUCAAGACCGUCUCAAAAUACAACACUGCCCCUUUAAGACAUAAAAAAGCUCUUUAUCUGACUCGCUUUUCAAAGAUGACAAAAAUGCACACAUUUUGUGCUCUUGUCGGAAGCAACCACUCCGCCAUUGUUGACUAGAAUGGAGCUAUAACUGGGCUAAUAACUCACUAACUAGCAAAGAAUAUGAACAAAUGUGCACAGGUGGCUACACACAGCUUUGAUCUCAAAACAAGCGCAUCUUCUCAUGACCACUCAUGCUGUAAACACAGUCCAGUUCAAAGUGAAUAGCACAGAUCCAUAUAUGGCAAUGGCUAUUUGCAUAUAGGCCUACUGCAGCUCCGAUUGGUUAUGGCACACCGGUCUAUGUAGAGUAGGGGCCUGAGUCAUGCCUGUCAAUGCAAUAGAAUCCUACUCCAAUGCGCUCUGCCUACAAGAAAAUAUCUUGCAUAGUUCGUUUUGUUUCGGUAUGUUACAUUGAAAGUGGCUAAUAUUGCGUUGAUUCGUGCACAACUUUCCACAGUAGAGCGAAACAUGAUAGUGUUAACUAAAGGGAAAAACUAUCAGCCCAUGCUUCUCUGCAUGGGCUGAUAUGGGGCGCUGCGCGCCCACGCACGCGCACAGCUUAGAGGAAACAUUGAUGGUAGACAUUAUAUUAAACAAAUUACUCCAUGGUUCAACAGAGUAAACUCAAAGUUAAUUAAUGAAAAGUUAAUACAGGAAGUUAAGUUUGUAUAAGAUGUUUAUUGCUGCACCCGUGGCUGUAGUGAAGUCCCAGUGUGAAGCCGACAUGGUGUCCAUGGACCAGUUGAGGGCCCGGACGGGCUCCGACGGUGCCGAGCUGAGACGCCGUGUGCGCGAGGGCUUCCUGUCUCUCCGUAAUGUCCUGCUAGACCAGGAGGCAGCGCUGCUCUCCCACCUGGACAACCUGAACUCCAGCACCCGCAGCAGAGCCAGGGACUUCCUCCAGACCUCUGCCCCACUCCUGGGCUCCCUGACUGGGCUGGAGGUGAUCUCUGAGCAGGCCCUCCUGGAGCCGAACACCGUGGCCUUCCUGACCGGGGCCGUGGCUCUGACCCAGUGGCUGCAGAGGGUCAACGGGGACAUCCAUCGCCCUGCCCUGACUCUCCAGGAGGGGGAGCCCUUCAAGGGGGUGAAGAUGGACUUUGACACCCUCCUUAGAGACCUGCAGGGCCUGCUUGGGACCCACCUCCACUGGAAGAGCCCCGAAGUGGCUGCAGUGGUUGCCGCGGCGACCGACGUGGAGGCAGCCGUUUUGGAGGGGUGCUGUGAGGUGGUGCAGGUGCCAUCCUGCCCAGGGACCCCUCACCGCACCCAGGCCCUGGCGGACUCCCCCCGGAGCCCCCGGACCCCCAGGAGCCCCAGGAAGGUAGUGAUGGAGGAACAGGUGGGCCUGUCGGCUGGGGACUGCAGCGAUAAGGAGCACCACUUGCUGCCCAGGCCCCCCAUCAUCUACCAGCACAUCGUCAGCGGAGCCACUGUGGAGGUACAUUUGCACAGUAACUAGGAGAUUAUUCAGAAAUUAAACUUAAAAUGUAUUGUUUUAUAUCUAUGUAGAAGUUAUCCAAUAUGAUGAUAACUAUUUAUCUGUCUGUGUAGAUCUUCUGGAUGCUGCCCAUGGGCGAGGAGGUGGAGACCUUUGAUGUCCACUUCCAGGAUGCUGUGAUCGUGGGGAUGGCUAUGGAGGAGGGGAAAGGAGUGGUCCUGGUGGGGCUGAAGACCUGCAACCUGCAGACGGCCGGGCUACGCCUAAACACGCACUACCUGUUCCGGGCACGCUCUGUCAACAGCCACGGAGCCGGGGAGUGGAGCUCCUCCUACAGGGUACGAUACUACAUGACCAAUGACAUUCACUGACUGACUGUUAACCCAAUCCUAUUUUGAUAUACAUGAGUAUUACUGACAACUAACUUGAGUUGUGUUCAUGUUGUCAUUGUUCCAAGGUGAACACUGAGCGCCAGGGAGAUGAGGCCAAGGCAGCCGUGACACAGGAAAUCUAA